UUAGGCUUAAAUGUAAAAAUAAAAAUUUGGAAAAUAUUCGGUUUAGAAUUUUCCGUUUGUAAACAUUGUUUUAAGUCGUGAGCAUUGUUUAAAUAAUUACCAUGACGUCAUAUCCUAAUCUAUAGUAAAACCUAUCGAUAUUUCUUCGCACGUCUCCAGCUGGAUGCAGUCGUCAAGGUCCGGGCAGCCGCCCGCGAGCGCCGGCGAAGCUGCGCUGGCCUCGUAUCUGCGACAGCUUUGCUCAGACGUCACGCUCGUCGCUGACAAAGACGGCUUCUUUACGCACUGGAUUGACCAAAUCUCUGGCUACAUAUCGCAAGAUUUCGUGACGAGAUUCAGUCGACUAGCCACUGAUUAUGACAGGAUCAAGAUGGUCUGGGGAGUUAAACCGGUGCACAGCCUGCAGGUAGGAAGGUUCUACAAGAGCAAGGACGGCGAGGCGUCCGCGAGGUUACGGGAGGAAGGUAACGCUGCGUUCCAGCGUCGUGAAGUGCGCACGGCGCUGGAGCGAUACAGCCAAGCUGUGACUCGGGCUCCUCAUACAGGCAGCAGCCUGCAGCUGGCAUACGGCAACAGGUCUGCCGCGCUGUGCCAGCUGAAGCUCUACAGGUGGUGCUUACGUGACCUACGUCUGGCGCUGGUGUAUCAUUACCCCCAAGACCUGCGCUAUAAGGUGCUGGAGCGCGCAGGUCAUUGCUACCAGCAGCUGCAUCUCGUGAAGGAGGCGCUGCAGUGCUACAGAGGCGCCCUCAGCGCUCUGCCCAACGCGCGACUCGACGAAGAAAAGAAAAGCUCCUGGCAGCAGAACAUUGAACAAAAGUUGACGGAGUGUGCGGGUCUACAAAAGGAAUCCGCGUGUCUACAAUCGUGCCAAAAUGAGAACGGAAAUUUGGUUGAGUCAUCACUUAUUGGGGAUUUAAAUGUGGAUGAUCAAACCGCGGCUGAGCAACUGAUAAUGAAUGAUUCAGAGAACGCGCAUGACAACGACUGGAAGGGCGUAGGGGAGAGUGCGCCCCCUGCUCAGGGCUUCACUCCCCACCCUGCCCUCCCCUCAGCCUCCACCGCCGUACACAUAAAGUUUUCCCCUCAUGAGG